UGAAGCUUCAAGACCGUCGCGUGACAUCAUCGGACAUGUCAAUGGUCAGACAUCUCGUCGCUCGACAUACCCACCUUGCACUUCGAGCACGUCACAUGUCAAAGAUCUCUGUACGCCCCGGUGAUGCCAAGAUCCUCUCGAGAGAACCGAUGGAGCUCAGCGAGGCCAAAUGGGUCAAGCUAGAAAAGAUCCAGUGGAAAGAUCAAGAAGGCAGAGAGCGCAAAUGGGAAGUGGCCAGCAGGAGUACACGCAAGGGCAAGGUCGACUCUGUCGCCAUUUUUGCGACGAUCACCGCGCCCAAGAGACCUCUCUCGACGGUCAUCAUCCUACAAUACCGACCGCCAAUAGAUGCAGUCAUUGUCGAGCUUCCUGCAGGACUGGUCGAUGAGGGCGAAGAGCCAGAGCAAUCUGCCAUGCGCGAACUAGAGGAAGAGACAGGCCUGAAGGGCACACGCGUCGUCGAUGUCUCGCCCGUCAUCGUUAGCGAUCCAGGCAUGACAGAUGCCAACAUGUCGCUCGCAACGAUCGAAGUCAACGUUGACUCUGUCGAAGAGCUCGAGGCCCCCCAAGACAAGCUCGAAGAGGGCGAGCAUAUCGAGAAGCGCAUAGUGGCGAUCGAGGAUCUCUAUCAGACCUGUCACGAGCUCACGAAGCAAGGCUGCCAAGUCGAUGCGCGCCUCUAUCAUCUCGCGUGGGGGCUCGAGUGUGCCAAGCGCUACAGUCUCAGCCAGAGCAAAAGCAACGAGCAGAAGCUAUGAUCAUCUACAGCCAUGGGCAUUCUUUACAACACCUGUCCGUUGAAUAGUAGCAUGCAGUGAUUAGGAGCACA